AUGUCCGUGGAAGAAGUUACGCAGCAAACCGGUGAUUUGAACAUUGAAGAACAGCCAACUGUGUUUUCGUCGGAAAAAGAAUUUGAACUGAAACACCCUUUGAACUCCAAAUGGACCUUGUGGUACACUAAGCCGCCUGUGGAUAAAUCUGAGUCCUGGUCGGACUUGCUUCGUCCAGUCACGUCGUUUACGACAGUAGAAGAGUUUUGGGCCAUACAUAACGCAAUCCCAAAGCCCCGCUACCUACCUUUCAAGUCUGACUACCACUUGUUUCGCGAAGACAUCAGGCCCGAGUGGGAAGAUGCUACGAACGCGCAAGGUGGUAAGUGGACAUACCAAUUCAAGGGCAAGACACCAGAAAUUGACGAUUUGUGGAUGAGGUCAUUGCUCGCCGUCAUUGGCGAAACCAUCGACGAAGACGAGUCCGAGAUCAACGGUGUCGUCAUAAACAUCAGAAAGAACGGUUACAAGAUCGCCAUCUGGACCAAGUCUGCGGACAACGAGGAAGCCUUGACCAGAAUUGGUAGCAAAUUCAAGACCGUUCUCAAGCUAGGCGAAGACUCGCCUUUAGAAUUCUUCCCCCACUCCACCGCCUCCGAAAAACAUCCGCAGCCAUCGUUAAUUUUGUAA